UGUUGACACGGGAGGAUGGCCAAACACAUCUCCCUGAAGCUGAUCUCCAUAGACAGCGGACACGAAGAUGAUCCCAUUAGCGCUGGCUGCAGCGGCACAUGCUCAGUUAUGCUUGUUGAUGGGGAUCUCAGUAGGCUGUGCGUGAACACUGAGGUCAUCGCCUGCGCUGAGGAAAAAAUACUCAGCGCAGCCUCCAUUUUGAGUAGUAUGAAAUAGAGGAAAGCAUAGUUUUGAGCCGCUGCAGCAAACAAACUGUAAACACAAGCGAAGCAGCCUCUGUCAUGGACGACCUGUUCAGUCCGCGAAGGCAGCUGAACAGCACACAAGGAGAGAUUCGAGUGGGACCAAGUCAUCAGGCCAAACUACCUGAAUUACAGCCGCCCCCUGCUCAUAGAACAGAGUCUGUAACAGGAAAUGAGGAGCUGGUGUGGGCACCGGGGGUCAAUGACUGUGACCUUCUCAUGUACCUACGGGCUGCCAGGAGCAUGGCAGCUUUUGCAGGGAUGUGUGAUGGCGGUUCAACGGAGGAUGGUUGUCUUGCAGCUUCCCGGGAUGACACCACAUUAAAUGCUUUAAAUACGCUCCAUGAAAGCCAGUACAACGCAGCAAAAGCCCUGCAGUGUCUGGUGAAGAAACCAGUUCCAAAACUCAUUGAGAAGUGCUGGUCAGAAGAUGAAGUGAAACGGUUUAUCAGAGGUCUCAGACAGUAUGGAAAAAACUUCUUUAAGAUCCGUAAGGAGUUACUUCCUAGUAAGAAAACGGGUGAGCUUAUCACUUUCUACUACUACUGGAAGAAAACUCCCGAAGCCAUGGCGUCACGACCUCAUCGGCAGCAGAGAAGGCAGCCGGUGUCUCGCAAAGUGAAAACUCGCAACGCGACAGCUGCAGCCAAUGCAACAUCUCACACUUCUUCCAUGGAACUUAGUUCUGCAAGUGAAGAUGAUCUGGACAGUGAGGAUAGUGAGCAGAGUGGCAAAGGUCAAGCCUGCAGUCACUGUCUGACCACUAACUCCAAAGACUGGCAUCAUGGAGGGAGAGACAACGUCUUGCUGUGCUCUAGUUGCCACUCUCAUUUCAGCAAGCAUCGGCGCCUGCCACCUGUUCCCAAACCAGCAGAUCCACCCUACCUCUUCAAACCUGUCAGAGAAGAGGAAGAGGGAGUCAGACAUGGGAUGAAGACCCGACGGAGCCGGGUUCCACCACAUAUGUCAUCACUUCGGAGUGGGCGCAACAGACCAACUGGAAGUCCAGACAGGAGCAUGUCUCCAACCCUCGAGGAUGUGCGAUCUAAUGGACAGUCCCCCAGAGCCAGUUCCACUGCUAUGGCAACCAGGGCUUCCAGCUCUGAUAUCAAGAAUGGAGUGGCUGGGAAGACCAGCAAGAAGAUAAAAGUAGAGGCGUCUAUUGUAAAGGGCGUGAAAAGACAGAGAGAGUCAGGAGCUCCAGAUGCUGAUGAGCCUGAAAGGAAAAACAUGAAACGACCUAAGAAUCAGGAGGGUCCUGAUUCUCCAUCAGAAGGUGAGGGUGAAGGCGAGAGCUCCGACAGCCGCAGCGCCAAUGAUGAUGGCAGCAGUGACACUAAAGACAUUGAUCAGGACAACCGCAGUUCCUCCCCCAGCCUGGCCAGUCCCCUGCAGGCCAACGAAAGCGACUCGGACUCCCCAGCACCACCCCCUGCACCAGGCCCAACCCCAAAAUCCCAGCCGCAACAGCCUGCUGAGACCCCAACAACACAUGCCCCAUCUGAAACACCACCAUCUCCUCAGCCCUCUCUGCCUGUGUCCUCAUCCGAACCUUUACCUGGAACUUUUACCACCACCUCGAAGGCACCAUCCAUAGAGGUUUCCCAGGAGGUUCCAUCUCCAACCACUUUCAGAUGUGGUCCCAGGGGACCUGAACCCCCCACCUCUUAUUCAAACUCCUCGUCUCAGUGUCCAGGGCAGGGGCAGUCAUUCCCUGUGCCGCCCCAUUAUCAGCACAAUCCAGAUCAGCUGCAGAAUCCUUCAUCUGGGGCAAAUCAGCCACCAGGGUUUGCUUCCAGACCAUUGCACCUUCAAAAAGAGAGCCCUCUUCCUCCUCUUCCCCCUACAGCAGCAUCCCAAAUCAAGCCCCCUCCGACCACUCCAAUUCCACCUUCUCACAAGCAGCCCCCUCACCUUUCUGCACCUCCACCCCAUUUUCUGCAGAUUCACCCUAAUCUUCCUCCACCUCCUGCUCUAAAACCGCUUGCUUCCCUGCCCUCACAACACUUGCCUUGUUCCCAGCCUCCUCCAUUGCAUAUAAUUCCACAAAAUCACCCUGCUCAACCUUCCGUUCUGAUUCAGUCGCAGAGCCAGCAGGUCAAAGGUCAUACUAGUGGUGCCCCUCCAGCUGCAGAAAGUUCUCACCCAUUGCUUCCUCAAAAUAGUCCUGCAGCUCAGUCCACUGCUUCAUUCCCUCUGUAUGCUUCUCCGAUCCCUGCCCAUCAGCCCUCCACAUCCUCCUCAGCAAGCACUCCUGUUGGACAGGCUCAUAUCAAAGAGGAGCCAAUUGAUGAGGAGGAGGAGUGUGACAGCCCGCCUCCCCCUCGCAGAAGUCCCUCUCCAGUACCGACAGUGGUUGACAUACCCAGUCACGCAAGUCAGUCAGCAAGAUUCAUCAAACACCUCAACCGAGGUUACAACUCCUGCUCUCGCACAGACCUGUACUUUACCCCAUUGGCCUCUUCAAAACUGGCCAAAAAACGAGAGGAAGUUGUUGAAAGAUCCAGAAGAGAAGCAGAGCUGAGUGCUCGACAGGGACGAGAGAGAGAAAGAGAAAGAGAGCGUGAGAGGGAGAGAGAAAGAGAGCGGGAGCGAGAAAGAGAGAGAGACUCUGAUAAAGCCUCUCGUGCUUCAAGCUCAUCCCAUGAUGGCCGAAUAAGUGACCACCUGCUUGCUGCCCAUGUGCAACCAGGCCGUCCAUCAUUCGAGCCUCCUCCCCCCACCACCGUGGCUGCAGUUCCACCAUAUCUCGGCCCUGACACUCCAGCCCUCCGCACACUCAGCGAGUACGCCCGCCCCCACGUCAUGUCGCCCAACAACCGCAACCAUCCUUUCUUCAUGCCACUUGGGCCGGGUGAGCACCUGCUAGCUUAUCACAUGCCAGGGCUGUACGCAGCAGACCCAGCCCUUCGAGAGCGAGAGCUUCGUGAACUUCGAGAGAGAGAGAUCCGAGAAAGAAUGAAGCCCGGAUUUGAGGUGAAACCACCGGAGUUGGAGAACCCACUUCAUCCAUCAGCAAAUCCCAUGGAGCAUUUCGCCCGCCAUGGAGCCCUGCCUCUCCCUCAUGUGGCUGGACCUCACCCCUUCGCUCAGUUCCACCCAGCCAUGGAGCGCAGCAUAGCGGCACCCCCUCGGCCGGAAAUCAGCUACGCUGAGCGUUUGACAGCUGAACGGCUCCAUGCUGAAAGGAUGGCCUCUGUUGCUGCUGGUGACCCUGUUGCACGGCUACAGAUGCUUAAUGUUACACCACACCACCACCAGCACUCACAUAUACACUCCCAUCUUCAUCUGCACCAACAGGACCCUCUCAAUCAAGGCCAAGGGCCUCAUCCUCUGGUGGACCCAUUGGCUGCUGGGCCCCCUCUGGCACGAUUCCCCUACCCACCUGGUGCCAUCUCCAACCCCCUACUCAGUGAGUUAUCCCAUGAGCAUGAAAUGCUCCGCCACCCUCUGUUUGGAGCACCAUUCCCCAGAGAGUUACCAGGACCCCUGGCUCCUAUGUCUGCUGCGCAUCAGUUGCAGGCAAUGCAGGCACAGUCAGCAGAGCUGCAGAGGCUGGCACUGGAGCAGCAGUGGCUACAUGGACAUGCACACUUACAUAGUGCUCCUCUCCCAAGCCAAGAAGACUACUACAGCCGUCUGAAGAAAGAGGGAGACAAGCAGUCCUGAAAUGAACAAAUCCUCCACUGUGGAUUACUGAGUGAUUCUGUGUUCAGGGUAUCAGACCUUAUAUUUCAGAAAACCCAGCGUGGGUUUAUCCCUCUUUUGGCUCUUAUAGACGUUUGACCGACUCCUUUGUGCUGUAAGAAAGAACUAUCCUUUUGAAGCACACUGAAUUUUCUUUCCUUGCAUGAACACCAUUUAGAAAUUUCUGUAAUUUAGAAGUUUCUGUAGGAAAUUAAGUUCCCAUGUAAUGUCAUUAUUGUGCUAAAAGCACAAUAUUAUAGAUUUACUAAGUAUUUGAAAAGUGCUGUCCAAUAUCCAGAGUUUAUCACAAUUUAGUUUCAAAGAUUAUUGAAACACUCGUUUAAAGAUUGUAAAUAUUAUAUGUUUAAAAUAAUAUAUUAACUGUUGAAAUUGAAAAGUUGCAAUGAUAGAUUUGGAUACAAAAACUUCAGAUGACCUGUGUGCAAGAAGUGCAUGCUUUACAUACUCUGUCCUUCCCUUUCUCUGACAGUCUCUUCAUCUUUACCUCAGAGUGCUCAUCAAUAUACAGUAAAACCCACAUGUAGUAAACUCUACAAUAUCUUAUUCUUUCAGCAAUUUAGCUUUUUUUUAUUUAAUAAUGUAGACCACAUGCAGGCUGAGUACUAGUAUGAUGAGUGCAGUGUGUCUAGCUCUGCAGAACAGUCGCUUCACUGCCAUGGUCAUACGAUGCUGUAGAAGAAUGAUCAGACCUAUAGUCACCUGCUCGCAGUGUUUUCACAUUUUGAUAAAGCAGGUCAGUUCAUGGGUAACCCUACUUGG